AACCCAAACAACAGAGAGAGAUUUCUGAACUAUGAGUGCGGAGCUGAAGAGGGACUACGAGAUAGGCGCGGAGAUCGGUCGUGGCCGCUUCGGGGUGGUCCACCGCUGCACGUCCCGCGCCAGCGGCGAGGCCUUCGCCGUGAAGUCCGUGGACCGGUCGCGGCUGGGCGACGACCUCGACCGCGAGCUCGCUGAGCUCGAGCCGAAGCUGGCGCAGGUCGCCGGUGCGGGCAACCCGGGCGUGGUGCAGGUGCACGCGGUGUACGAGGACGAGGCGUGGACGCACGUGGUGAUGGACCUGUGCGCGGGGCCGGACCUGCUGGAGUGGGUGCGCAUCCGGCGCGGCGCGCCCGUGCCGGAGCCCGUGGCGGCCGCCAUCGUGGCGCAGGUGGCGCAGGCGCUCGCGCUCUGCCACCGCCGCGGGGUCGCCCACCGCGACGUCAAGCCGGACAACAUCCUCAUCGACGCCGCCGCCGCCGCCGCCGGGACCGACGGCGACGGCGACGGCGAGGACGAGGAGGAAGAGGGCGGCGACGGAGAGGCCGAGGCGGCGCCGCGCGCGCGCCUGGCGGACUUCGGGUCGGCGGCGUGGGUGGGCGCCGGCGGGCUCGGGCGCGCGGAGGGCCUGGUGGGGACGCCCCACUACGUGGCGCCCGAGGUGGUGGGCGGCGGCGAGUACGGCGCGAAGGCGGACGUGUGGAGCGCCGGCGUGGUGAUGUACGCGCUGCUCUCGGGCGGCGCGCUCCCCUUCGGCGGCGAGAGCGCCGCGGAGGUGCUGGCGGCCGUGCUGCGGGGCAGCGCGCGCUUCCCGCCCCGGCUGUUCGGCGGGGUGUCCCCCGCGGCUAAGGACCUGAUGAGGCGCAUGAUCUGCCGCGACGAGUGGAGGAGGUUCACCGCCGAGCAGGUCCUCGCUCACCCGUGGAUCGUGAGCGGCGGCGGAGCCCGUGGCAUGGAGCGGCCAACCUGAGGCGGCGCGCGGCAUACCAUACCAGCAGACCAUGGCGGGCGGACGUGUAUUGCCGUAGAGACACAGAUACGGCAAGGAAUCCCGACGUUAUGUGCAGAGGUUUUGUUACGUGCGUACGGACCAGAGAAGGAGAGACGGCAGCUGCUGCCGGCUGCAGAGUAGCAUCCGUAGUCGCAGACUCGGUAGCAGAGCAGAAGGAUCGGCAAGAAGCUUUAGUAGGCACUAGGCAGGCAUUUGGUUUUCCUCAGCCCACCGGGAGAUGCUCUUUACCUAUGAGCACCCAGUCCUUUUUUGGACGUGCUGGUAGCUGGAUGUGUAUAUACACUGACCGUCUUUGUACAAACCGAGUGGUUGAAUAAAUAAAUAAAUAAAUAAA